AAUUGUAAAGAGUACAACAACACUAAGGGUUAAACCGUGCAUGAACAAUAAAAAAUAAUAAUGGAGUCUUGGAGGAUUAGUCUAGUGGCGAUAGCAAUAGCAUUACUAAUGGCUACGUUGGUGUCAGCUGGUGAGGAUAAGGCGAAAGAUAAGGAAGAGUGUACUGAGCAGCUUGUGGGUAUGGCCACUUGUCUUCCUUACGUGCAAGGACAGGCAAAGACUCCGACGCCGGACUGUUGCUCCGGCCUGAAACAGGUCCUCAAAUCCGACAAAAAGUGUCUUUGUGUAAUCAUCCAAGACAGGAAUGAUCCCGACUUGGGUCUCCAGAUCAAUGUGUCUCUCGCUCUUGCUCUUCCUUCUGUUUGCCAUGCCGUUGCUGACGUCACUAAAUGCCCUGCUUUGCUUCACAUGGACCCAAAAUCUCAAGAAGCCCAAGUGUUCUAUCAGCUAGCAAAUGGUUUAAACAAAACUGGCCCAGCCUCAGCUCCCAUCAUUUCGGCCCCUGCGCCCACCAGCGUAUCUCCAACCGCAGGAUCCGAGGAUGGUAACAACAGUGGUCGGGCGACCUCUUUGCCAAGCAAGAACCACGCUCAGAGCUUUCGGAAACGAUGGCUAGUGCUUGAAGUUGCUGCCUAUCUCUUCAUAAUAUCAUUUACUAUCACCUUAUAAAAGUAAUAUUGAAAAGUAAAUUUGUGCGCUUGCAGUGACGUUGAUUUUGUGCAGUUACUUUCGUUUCGUGAGAACUCUUCUCAACUUUUUUUUGUCUAAUGCAAAAUAAGACGCGAGUUACAAUUUUUGUAUUGUCUCGUAUGCUUUUAUCAAUUUUUAUUUUAAA